AUGCUAAGAGAGCUCUUUGGUGGUCUCGCUCUCUAUUUUAUGUUCAGAGAUCAAGUCCUCAAGACAAUAAAGAGAUCUACUGUUUAUCGUUCUCUAACUUCAUCAACAAAAACUCAAAUUAACAAGACAAUGUCCCGAAUUGAACUUGGUCAUACUGCUGAUUAUCAUGUACAUUUGAGACAAGGCGAAAUGAUGGAAGUUGUUACUCCAGCAGUGAGAGAAGGGGGUAUUUCCAUAGCUUACAUUAUGCCUAAUUUGACACCUCCCUUAACGGACAUUGAAAGAGUGGCUCAGUACAAAAAAGAUUUACAAAAAUUGGCACCAAAGACUACGUUCUUAAUGACUUUUUAUCUUUCCAACUUAUUAACACCUGAAAUUGUUGCAAGGGCAGCUGAUGAAGGUGUUAUCCGCGGUAUCAAAUGUUAUCCAGCUGGUGUUACCACUAAUUCCCAAGCAGGCGUGGAUCCUAAUGAUUUUAGUGCGUUUUAUCCUAUUUUUAAAACAAUGGAGGAGAAAAACUUGGUUUUGAAUUUACAUGGUGAGAAGCCAUCCGUUCAUGAUGGAGGUGAGGAUAUCCAUGUGUUGAACGCUGAAGCAAAGUUUAUCCCUGCGUUAUUCAAACUUCAUGCUGAUUUCCCUAACCUAAAGAUUGUUCUUGAACAUUGUACAACAAAGGCAGCUGUUGAUGCCAUUUAUGAGAUUAAUAAGGACCUAAAGGAAGGUGAAGAGCCAAAAGUUGUUGCAUCAUUAACUGCACAUCAUUUGUUCCUCACUAUUGAUGAUUGGGCGGGUAACCCAAUCAACUUUUGUAAACCUGUCGCAAAACUGCCAGAGGACAGAAGAGCUUUACUAUCAGCUGCUGUAUCAGGUAAACCAUUUUUCUUCUUCGGUUCUGACUCUGCACCACAUGAUUUAUCCAAAAAGGCAACCCAUGUUGGUGUUUGCGCAGGUGUAUACACACAACAAUUUGCGAUUGCUUAUGUGGCUGAGAUCUUUGAUAAAGUGGGCAAACUGGAUAUGCUCAAAGACUUCGUUUCCACUUUCGGUAAUAAUUUUUAUGGAAUGGAUGAAUCCAAACUCGUUUGUAAGGACAGAUGUGUUUUAGUGAAGAAAGAUAUAGAGAUUCCAGAUAUCAUUACUUUUGAUCAUAAGACUUUGAAGCUUGCGCCAUUCAAGCCAGUUGAAAAGUUAUCAUGGACUACUGAAUGGAUCUAA